CCUAGUUGCCGCGCUCAAUGAACUUGACGGCAUCUGAAACUUUCCGGGAUCUCUCUCACUUAGAGAAACCAGUAGAGAUAGAGAGAACAGUGUAGAGAAGGUAAUCUGACCAAAUGACGUCGAAUUCGGAUCUGGGAUCGGCGGAUUUCGAAACAUUGGCCUCGACAUCGGACGUCGAGCUCUUGAAGAGGGCGUGGCGUAACGAGAAGGCGGCGCCGGAGAUUCUUCAGUACGAAGGUGCUCUUGUCGAAAGAGCUAAAGGACAGAUUGAAUUGGUGGAAGAAAAUAUUGAAGAUUAUGUGAACAAUGGCGUCGACCCUCUGGUGGUGUCACUAUAUCAGAUGGAUUUGGACAGAACUCAGUUUCUACUGAGAUCAUAUCUUAGGGUUAGGCUUCUCAAGAUAGAGAAGUUCAUGUUUCACAACCUGAAGUCGGAAGAAGCUGAGAGUCGCCUUUCUGAGCAAGAGAAGGUUUUUGCUAAAAGCUGUGCUGAUGAUUUGGCAAAGCAUUUCGAAAAGUGUGUACUCUCUAAGUUGCCGGAGAAUUAUCAGUCGGUUCUCAAGCAAUCCCUUAUAAGUGAAGCCGAUGACAUGGUGCCGCAGCCGCAUUUGGAUACCUUUGUUGUUUGUAGAAGCAACAACUUUGUGUCCCUCAAUCUAUAUGAAGAAGGAGAGAGCCCCGAGACUGUGGAGAUGGAGCGUGGUGAUCUCUACUUCAUACGUUACAAGAUUGUAAAAGGAGCGAUCGAAUCUGGGAAAAUCGACUUGAUCUGAGCUCAAAAAUGCUAGAGAGAUUACAAUGGAUUCUCACUCGGAUCUAUUUCCAUAGCAUAAGGUUUGGAUGGUGCUUACCGUUGUUCCAUUCUCUAUGAUCUUGAGUUGCUUGAGUUGUAUAUAUAGUGAAUUCUUAUAUUGUUUUGAGUUUUUUUAUAAUGUCAUGAUAGAAACUUAAGCAUCCUUGUGGCUUGUGCAAUAUGUAUCGAGUUACACUAAACCCUCUAGACUAGAGAGAGUCCUUGUCACCGAACAACGGCGAAUUAGCAAAUUUAUCCUUCUACUUAAGCGUGGAACCGACUGAUAAUUCUCCGGCAAAAUUAGGAAAAUCAAUUUAUA